AGUAAUUAUUCAGCUGUUAGGGAAGGUGAUUAAUGGAGCCAACUGGAAUUUUGGGAGCAUUUGGUCACAAAGGUUGCAUUCACUCUAGUAAGUAAAAAGCUUACAUAAAUUUUCUGUUGCCUUGGAGCCUACUAACUAAAUGGCAGUCUGGUAUUGUAAACCUCUGCCUCAUGGCAAGCCCAUGUGUUACAGAGUAAAAAUGUGUUCUAUGGGAUUUUCUUGGCUGUUAUCCUUGCAGAAGCAGUUCACUACACCUUUCUUCUGCCGUGCUACUGAGUGGGGUGGAAGCAUCAACAUUUAGCUUAGUAGUAAAAUAUGACCACUUGUGCCACCUAGGGACCUAUCUGGUACUGUAAUCAGCCUCAAUUCCUGUCUCCUAUUGAUUCUCAUUUUGCUUACCCAUUGGGCAGACUGACUACAAACAUCUCACAAAGUUUGUCAUUUUUUUCCUUCCUUCUUCUGCCUUUACUCCAUGGGGAGAAGGUGGGUCCUGACUUCUACAUUGCCUGAUAAGGUUUCCAAGUGUCACAGAAUUAAUACAUAAGCCUAAAGGAUGUUCGUGAAUUUUAAAUCAUUUACCCUCCAAUCUGGGCUAGGGGUUUACUCUAAGGAGAAAUUCAGAUGAUCUUAUAAAUGCAUAUAUACUAGGCCAGAACAAGGGCCAGGAUGAGGCAUUAGAAAAUGGAACCCAGGUCUUUACACUGAAUUUUAGAUUCCCAGAUCAAUUAAAAAAUAAAUAAUUUAAUAUUUCCAAAAUGCUUAUAACAAAUCCUGGUUAUAGUAAGAAAAAAUACAUGCCAGUCAUUAAUCAUGAAUAAGAAUAAAACAUCAUCAGCAUUUCUGUUGGUUCUGUGAUUAGAAAUGGUACAUUGUAAGUGAUCAGUAAGAAUGUGUUGAAUGAAUUGAUGAAUUAAUCAAUAAAUAACACCACAUAAGCAAAAAACUAUUUCCUGGCACACAAAAUAUUUGAUUGUUUGAUCAUAAAAAGUACUAUGGAAAUAAAAAGCAGGGGGAGAUGGAAACAAUGAUCAUACCUCCAUUUUGUCUUCCCCUUUUCUUACUCUAGGAAAACACUCAUAAAUUUUAAGGUAUUUAAUGAUCAUAUGAGACUGGUCAUGCUAAUGCUGAAUCAAACAGACUUGUCCCCAGCCUUAUUCAUUCUGAAUGGAGUCCCAGGACUAGAAGACAUGCAUAUCUGGAUUUCCUUCCCAUUCUGCUCUAUGUGUGUUCUGGCUAUGGUAGGCAAUUGUGGACUCCUCUAUCUCAUUCGUUGUGAAGACUCUCUGCACAGGCCUAUGUACUACUUUUUGGCAAUGCUUUCUCUAACUGACCUUGUCAUGUGCUCCAGUACAAUUCCUAAGGCCCUCAGCAUUUUCUGGUUUCAUCUCAAGGAAAUCAGCUUUGAUGAAUGCCUAGUCCAGAUGUUCUUCAUCCACACCUUCACAGGGAUGGAAUCUGGGGUGCUCAUGCUUAUGGCCCUGGACCGCUAUGUGGCCAUCUGCUACCCUCUGCACUACUCAGCAAUCCUCACUAAUCCUGUCAUUGCAAAAGUUGGGCUUACCACAUUUCUGAGAGCUGUGAUUCUCAUCAUUCCCUUCACUUUCCUCACCAAGAAUCUACCCUAUUGCAAAGGCAAUAUCAUUCUCCAUACCUACUGUGACCACAUGUCUGUGGCCAAAUUAUCCUGUGGAAAUGUCAAGGUCAAUGCUAUCUAUGGCCUGAUGGUGGCCCUCCUGAUUGGGGAUUUUGACAUCUUGUGCAUCACCAUCUCCUAUACCAUGAUCCUUCGGGCAGUGGUCAAGCUCUCAUCGGCAGAUGCUCGGCAGAAGGCCUUUAGCACCUGCACUGCCCACAUCUGUGCCAUUAUUUUCUCCUACAGUCCAGCUUUCUUCUCUUUCUUUUCCCAUCGUUUUGGUGGCCACAUGAUCCCUCCAUCUUGCCACAUCAUUGUGGCCAAUAUUUAUCUGCUCCUGCCUCCCACUAUGAACCCUGUUGUCUAUGGGGUGAAAACCAAGCAGAUACGAGACUGUGUCCUAAGAAUACUUUCAGGUUCUGAGGACACAAAACCCCAGAGCAUAUGCAUGGAUAAUAGCCAGAAAUAAGAAGAAUUAAAGGAAGAGAGAAGGGUUAUUGCUGUCUGUUUAGACAGGAGCAGAAAAACAUUUCUGAGAAUACUCUUGGCCAUGACAAGAGAGUGUGUUAAAUGGUACAUUCAAAUAAGUUUAUUGAGAAUCCUGACAUCACUGAAAUGUCUAAUAUACUGUGAGUUUUCACCUCUUUGGCCCUAUGAAGGUCUGAUCUCAUCAUUACCCAAAGUUUCCUUGAAAAAAUAUCUAAUCAAUCA